AGCAGGGCGGAGAGACGGAGCCUCCGGAGGAGCGUGUAACGGGACGGGACGGAUGUAACGGAGCACCUCCACCUGCGCCCCCACCUCCGCCGCCGCCGCCGCGUCCGCCCGGCCGGUACCGACACCCCGUCCGCCCGCCCGCACCACACACACGCUUCGGGACUGAUGGAGACGUCGGGGAGGCUUUAGUCCUCCUCCCCCCUGAACCCCCCCUCCCCCCGGCCUCGGUCCAGUCAUGGAUAAACCGGCGGCCGUGGGCGCGCCGGCCGGCCCGGGGAAGACCAGCGGGCUGAAACCGCCCACGAAGAUCGCGCGUCCGUCGGGGACGGCGUCCAGGACGUCGCCGCCGUCUGGCGGCGCCGCCUCCCCGACUCAGGACGGUCAGGCGGACUUCCAGGUGGGGGAGCGGGUCUGGGUCAACGGCAACAAGCCGGGCGCCGUGCGCUUCGUGGGCGGCACGCAGUUCGCCCCGGGGCAGUGGGCGGGCAUCGAGCUGGACGAGCCCAUCGGGAAGAACGACGGCUCCGUGGCCGGCGUGCGCUACUUCCAGUGCUGCGACGGGCGUGGCAUCUUCACCCGGCCGUCCAAACUGUCCCGGGCGCCGCUGCCGGACAGGGAGGCCAACGGGGCGCAGGCCGGGCCGCCGGGAGCGCCCGGGGUACCGGGAGCAGCCGGACCACCUGCCGCCGGCGAUGCCGCGCCGCCCGCCAACGCCGCGCCGCCCGCCAACGCCACGCCGCCCACCAACGCCACGCCGGCCGCCAACGCCACGCCGGCCGCCAAUGCCGCGCCGCCCGCCAACGCCACGCCGCCCACCAACGCCACACCGCCCGCCAACGCCACGCCGGCCGCAAACACCGCUACAGCUCCGGCGUCCAGCGUCCGGGCGAGCGGCGUCCUGAACCGGAUGGUGACGUCCAGCGAGUCCAUCUCCAACCUGUCAGACCCGGACUCCGCCAAGAAGAACCGGCGGGAGCUGCGGCUGGGAGACCGCGUGCUGGUGGGAGGGAGCAAGGCGGGAGUGGUGCGCUUCCUGGGAGAGACAGACUUCGCCAAGGGGGAGUGGUGCGGCGUGGAGCUGGACGAGCCUCUGGGGAAGAACGACGGCGCCGUGGCGGGGACCAGGUACUUCCAGUGCAUGCCCCGCUACGGCCUCUUCGCUCCGGUCCACAAGGUGACCCGGAUCGGGUUCCCCUGCACCACGCCCACCAAGGCCAAGAGCUCCCGGAGGAGGUCCACGCUCAAGAGGAGCCCCAGCGCCUCCUCCAUCAGCUCCCUCAGCUCCACCGCCUCCUCCAUCAGCGGCAGGCCCAGCAGGGCCGGACUGCUGACGGAGACCUCCGCCCGCUACGCCCGGAAGAUCUCGGGCACCACGGCGCUGCAGGAGGCGCUGAAGGAGAAGCAGCAGCACAUCGAGCAGCUGCUGGCCGAGCGCGACCUGGAGCGCUGCGAGGUCGCCAAGGCCACCAGCCAGGCGGGGGAGGUGCAGCAGGAGCUGGCUCAGCUCCGCAAAGGCCGGGACCAGUACGCAGAGGAGAUGGAGGCCAAGCUGGACCAGCUGCGCUCGCUGGUGGAGGCGGCCGACCGAGACAAGGUGGAGCUGCUCAACCAGCUGGAGGAGGAGAAGAGGAGGGUGGAGGACCUGCAGUUCCGGGUGGAGGAGGCCUGCAUCACCAGAGGAGACCUGGAGACGCAGACCAGACUGGAACAUGCCCACAUUAAGGAGCUGGAGCAGAGUCUCCUCUUUGAAAAGACCAAAGCUGAAAAGCUCCAGAGGGAUUUAGAGGACACCAGGGUGGCCACGGUGUCGGAGCGCUCCCGCAUCAUGGAGCUGGAGCGGGAGGUGUCCGACCUGCUGCUGCGCCUGCGGGCGUCGCAGCAGAAGGAGGACGCCGUGUCGCUGUCGCAGCAGCAGAUCAGCAGCCUGAAGGCCCAGGCGCAGGCCCAGGAGAAGAAGAUCAGCGAGCUGAGCGUCGACCUGGAGAGCAAACAGAAGGAGCUUCAGUCGGCGCUGCAGGAGCGAAGCUGUGUGGAGCAGCAGCUGAGCAGCCUGAGGGAGACGCUGGAGACGGCGGAGGAGGACCGGAGGACGACGGAGAGGAGCGCCAGAGAUCUGGAGCAGAGCGUGGAGCGAUGGAGGAAAGACCUGGAGGCCCUGACGGAGGAGAGCCGGAGCAAAGAGAAGGAUCUGAGAGCCCAGCUCGCUCAGGCGGCGGAGAAGUGUGAGCGGACGGCGCUGUCCCUGCAGCAGCUGACCGAUGAGAGGACGGUCCUGGAGACGCAGCUGGAGGCUCUGAAACAGCAGAACUCCAAGUUCCAGGAGGAGCUGAGUCUGUCCAAAGAACGCAGCAGCUCGGAGAACCAGAGAAUCGGAGAACUCUGCAAGGAAAUAGAGGAGCUGAAGCUGGCCUCCCAGAAGCCCCAGCACCUGGACCAGAUCAGUGAGGAUCGCAGCAGCAGCCUCCAGUCAGACAUGAAGACCAGAGAGAACGUCUCCCAUCAGGACGCAGACAGACCCCUGAUCUCGGACAAAGACCGGGAGCUGGAGACUCUGAGGAACGAGAUCGCCGUGCUGCGAGGAGAGAACGCCGUGGCCAAGACGCUGCAGUCGGCCGUGGAGACGCUGGAGAGGGACAAGGCUCAGCUGCAGGGCCGCGUCCACAGCCUGGAGCAAAGGCUCAUGGGAGCUCCGGACAGGGAGGCGCCGCCGUCAGGAGAGUCGGCGCUGGAGCAGCUGAGGGAGGAGAAGGAGUUCGCCGAGGGACAGAUCAACUUCCUGAACAGUGUGAUCGUGGACCUGCAGCGGAAGAACGAGGAGCUGAAGGUCAAACUGAAGAAGCUGGCGUUGGCCGAGUUCAACGGGAACGACGGCACCGACGGGUUCGACGACGGCGCUCUGAAGCGAGAGAAGAAGGCUCCGCCUCGACUCUUCUGCGACAUCUGCGACUGCUUCGACCUGCACGACACCGAGGACUGCCCCACCCAGGCCCAGAGCCCCGACUCCGUCCCCCACAGCGCCUACCGCGGGAACCCGGCCGACCACCGGCCCUACUGCGACAUCUGCGAGGCCUUCGGACACGAAACCGAGUCCUGCAACGACGACCAGACCUUCUGAGGACCCGCUCAGACCCCAGAGACCCCGACCCCCACCCCCGGAGACCCCCACCACCCCCAGAGACCCCGAGAGACCCCCAUCACCCCAGAGACCCCCACCACCCCCAGAGACCCCUAGAUACCCC